AUGGAAAGCGCCGUAACCCGUCGGCCGUGGGAGCCAGCCACUACAGGCCCACAGACCCCGACGGUCUCUUCCUCCCAGACCCUACCCUCGAUAUCCACCUUGACGGCGAGUAUGACGAGCGCCGGCGCGCCGGCGGAGAAGUCUCCGGGCCAUGCCUCGCUGAACACAAUCGAACGCGACUCCGGAAGUUGGUCCAUCCCUCACAGCACAAGAUCCUCCACCUACUCCACUGCGACAAAUGGGACGAGCAAUUAUCCCUCUCUUUCCUUCCUCACAUCCACCCAUCCGUCUCCCAACCGCACCACGGUCCUCCCCGAUCGCUCCCCCUACCCUCACGACCAAUCUAGCGCCAAUACCCCAUCCUCCGCGGGCGCACACCCCUCCCCCAACUCGGCCCUCCCGUCGAUCAAUCAGAAUUAUGACGGCGCUGUCCCGCGGGGCAGCGUUGCGGAGCCGGUCGAAUCCCGACGCAGCAGUGUCGACAGCCGGGUGAACCAGGGAAUCAGUUCGCUGGCCAUCAACACGGCAUCGCCCUAUCACAGUGCCAACGUGUCGCAGACCUCGAUCGUCUCCAAUUUACAGCGGGAGCGCGGGAUCCCCCAGGAUAUGAACGUGAACAAUGCCUAUCGGGGGCCGCGCUACUCCGCGGGCCAACCUCUGUCGCCUCUUGGUCCUCGUGGUCAUGAGAAUCGCCCGUUUGCGGCUGGCCGCACGGCACCCGCGAUCUCAUCGAACCCCCGGUCGGAGAUCUACAAUGCAGAGGCGCCCACGGCGGGUCUGGCCUAUGCGUUCCCGGAUCCCGACGUUGCGCGCUCGAACUCGAUGUCCUCCACCACCGAAAAGUCGACCCCACAGUUUUCGCGCAAGGGGAGCGUGGCCGAAUCGUUGGCCAGUAGUAUGUACUCGGAGUCCCGGUUACCGCGCGGGCAGCACGAACUCCCGCAAAACGUACAUCACCAUUCCCUUCAGCAUAAACAGGUCCGGGAGCUGAUGGGGGACCCGGAAACGCCCAACGGGAGCACUCCGUACAGCCGGACCCCCGAGUUGCGAGUCACGCACAAGUUGGCGGAGCGCAAGCGACGCAGUGAAAUGAAGGAUUGUUUCGAGGCCCUGCGCGGGCAUCUCCCGCAAGGCCAGACCAACAAGUCGAGCAAGUGGGAGACCUUGUCGAGAGCGAUCGAUUACAUUGUGUCACUGGAGAAGAUGCUGGGUAACGCGCGACGAGAGAACGAUAUUCUGCGCUCCGAAGUCGAAGAGAUGCGCGCCCAGAUCAGCCAAGCGUCCAAUGGACCAUCUCGACCGCCAUCGAUAUUUGAGCAGCACCAGAUGGCGGCUGCGCAAGCCAACGGCCAGGCCCAUGGCCCGAUGUACUCCAGCUACGGGCCCGGAGCGGGUAUGGGUCCCGAGCAACCUCGGAGUCUACCUCCUCUCAUGAAUGGGUCGGUGGCCCCCAUGCAGGGGGUGCAGUACACCGAUGGACGACGGUAA